AUGUCGAUAAAUUAUUCUCUUCUUCAUAUUGCAUUAAUGCAUUAUAACAAAGAUAUUUCUAAUCUUCUCAUUUCAUAUGGUUCGGAUAUUUUUGCAAAAAAAAAUUAUGGAAUGACGGCUCUUCAUUUUGCAUAUGAAUCUAGUUUUAAAAGGGCAAUUAAACUUAUUCUUUCACCUGACGUGGAUGCUAAUUUAGAAAAUGAUUUCGUUCUAACUGCUCUUCAAACUGCUGUACAAAAAGGCAUUAAUGAUUUAAUAUAA